AGUUGGCCUGAAGAUGCCUUAGAAAUGGUGGCAAACAAGUUUCUGGAAGAAAUCGAUCUGGAAGAUGAAGUUAGAGAUUCAAUCGUGGUUCUUUGCAAAUUUCUGGAAACGCUUCGUAGGCAUAACUACGUGACUCCUACAUCUUACCUGGAAAUGAUCCUUACUUUCAAAAUGCUAAUUGCACGCAAGCGUAAUGAAUUGACUACUUUACGCAAUCGCUAUCUCACUGGUUUGGAGAAGCUGGAAUUCGCAGCCAGUGAGGUGGGGAAGAUGCAGAUAGAACUGCGCGAUCUGCAGCCUCAGUUGAUUGAAACGAGUCGCGAAACCGACCUGCUGCUUGGCCAAAUUGAACAGGAUGCCGGUGAAGUGGAGGCAAAGCGUGAGGUCGUGGCUGCGGAUCAAUUAGUGGCUAAUCAAGCGGCAGCCGCCGCACAAGCGAUAAAAGAUGAAUGUGAAGCAGAUUUGGCUGAGGCGAUGCCGAUUCUGAAAGAUGCCUUGGCUUCUUUGGAUACUUUAAAGCAGAGUGUAAUUUAUUAUUACUGA